GCGCCUCACUCUGGCGCCAGAAUUCAAAAAUUCACCCGACGGUUACCGGAACAAAUGCCUUUAGUUCAGGCUUCUUUAAAGCCCUGGGGCGGGGUCUUGGAGCGAGGUCCGGCGUGGUGUUUCGACCUGAUGUGCGGAUCUUACAGCUGAUCAUUGACUUAGGAUGGAUGAAACUUGCAGCCUGUUCCAGCGCUUAGCUGAUCGACUUGGUUGGUCUAAAUAUGAUGAUCUGGAUAUCCUUGAAACAGAGCUUCAGCAAAAAAUUGAUAAAUCCAAACAACAAGACUAUGGUAAAGAUAUUUCGGUAAAUCUGCCAUCAGAAUCUGGGGAGAGCCCAAAUACCUGUGAUUCGUGUGUGUGCAAGCUGCUACUCUCUAGCUCAGAGGAUGAGGCUGAAUCCUGCUCAAAAGUUUCUCUGGAUAACAGACAAAAAGAACAUGGCAAAUGUACAGCAACUAAGAAAAUGUUUGAAACUCCUCAAAUCCACAGUGGAAGUGAAGCUAUCUCAGAUUCCAAUGCUGACAAUUUUGAGAAUUUUUUGACCCACAAGACAUUAAAUUCAGACUUCAACGCAAGAGGAGCCUCAAGAAUCUGGAAUAAAAGAUCUGACCAUACUCCUGUAUGGAGCUCUGAUUCUAGUGGGGAUGAAGAUUUUGAAAAAUUUCUAACGUCGGUAAAGAAACCAUGUUCAAAAUCACAAAAAUACAGAACUUCAAAGAAAAAUGAUGACGGCCUUAAAGAUUUUAUAGUGAGUGACUCGUCUCUGGAUGAAUUGCAUAUAAAGGAGAUUGUGGAACCUGAGUGUGAUGCUGAUACUGAACUACAUGAGCCAAUAUGGCCAAGCCAUAAGCCAGGAACUAAAUCUACAAUGGAACAAGUGUGUAGUACAUCCUCUGUAGCAAGAUCAAUGUCACCAGUGUUGAACAACAGUGUAGAUGAUUUUGCUAUUGAAAAUGCACAGAGAGGUCCCGCUCUGGUUGAACGGAAAAAGAAAUCCGAGCAGCUCAAUUCUUGUACUUUGGAUAGAGGGUCUCUGAAAUCAGAUGAUAAUUCCUCAUACUACUCCAUGCACUCCAAGAGAUUGAAUCAAAUCUCAAAUUCAUCAGAUACAUCAAGUGAUGAGUUUGAGUCUCUAGUCGAAAGGAUAAAGAGCAAAACCCAGAGAACUCCAGCUGCAACUUCCAGUAACAUGAAUGGAAAGAGAAUGGCUAUUACUGAGCCAGUAAAGCAAAAAACCAUAAGUAAAAUACAAGGAAUUAAGCACAAACCUGAAGAAAAGAGUUUUGUUCCGGUCUUUAUCCAGCCAACUAAACCAAAGAAACAUGUUCUAUCUGAUUCCACUUCAACAAACCAAGUACCAAACUUCAACUUUUCAGAUCUUUCUGAGUCACAAUCCCAAUGUAGAGUUUGGCGAAAAUGUAAAACACCUGGUUGUUUCCUUCAGGACCUGACUCUGAGUUCAUCAAAAUAUGUAAGAAAUUUCAAGCGGAAUCGAGAGGAAUUAACACAAGAACUCUAUAAUUUAUACAAUAAGACUAUCUUUCAACAGAAGCUUCCAGAGAAGAUGGAAAUCGCAUGGAAUAAAAAAAUGCGAAAAACAGCGGGGUAUUGUGUUACUGGACAGAAACGGGAUGAUGUUUUGCAACGCUAUGCUAGAAUUGAAUUAUCAGAGAAAGUGUGUGAUUCAGCUGAACGUCUAAGGGACACAUUGAUCCAUGAACUGUGCCAUGCUGCUACCUGGCUUAUUAAUAAUGUUCGUGAUGGGCAUGGACCGAUCUGGAAAUUGUAUGCACAGAAAUCUAUAUUGAUCCAUCCUGAGUUACCAAUGGUGAAACGGUGUCACACUUAUGAAAUAAAUUACAAAUACACCUAUCAGUGUAGCAGGUGUAAGAACAUGAUUGGCCGUCACUCCAAGUCACUGGACACACAGCGUUUUGUUUGUGCCAUAUGCAAGGGUCCCCUGGAGCUAUUAUCAAACUCUAUGAAGUACAGCACUCCUGCAAAAAGGGAGUUAGCACCAUUUGCUAAGUUUGUGAAAGAAAACUAUAGUUCAACCAAGAAGGAAAAUGAAGGACUUAAACAUGCUGAGGUUAUGCGGAAAUUAAGCGUAGACUUUGGAAAAAAGGCACAGAUAUCUGACUUGUAAGACCUUCUUCCUAAAAUGUAGCAUUUCAUCCUUUUGUUGAAGGUUGUAUUGUAAAUUGUGAGAUAAUCAGAAAUAUGGAAGCUUGUUCUGACCUAACUAAGAAUUUGUAUCAGGUUUUUUGCCUUCCACGGAGAAAAUAUUCCAGUUAGAAAUAUUAAGCAUUAUAUUUUUCAUUAUUAAUGUGAUAGCCAAGGUAUGGAUAAUGAUGAACAAAGAUUAGUUGAAUGCCUGUGUUUUUGAUAUAAAUCUUGGAUGUUUCGUAGCUUUGGUCCUAGUAUCAGGCAAUCUUAAUUGAAUUGAUGAAAGUCAUGCAGUGGUAAGAAUCUACUUGAAAAUAACUAGGUUCUGGCUGCUGCAAACAUUGCUGUAAUUCUGCAUAAAUUAGUGGCGAUUGUAAUAACAAAUUUUGAACAUUACAAUAUUUCAAUGACAUGGCAAAGUUACAGGGAGCUUCCCCUGCAGCUACGUUACAUUUAAUGAGAAUGUUUUUGGUCGGCAAGCUUUUGUUUCCUAAUGCUGAUCUCAAAAUGCUCCUAAAAGCUUAGAUAUCUCAUUCCACAUUUGUAUGUCCUGUUUAUGCUUUAAAAGUUCCUUAUACCUUCCUGUAUACCAAGGUACUUACCGUCCUGGGAGAAUUUAUUAUUCUACUUGCCUGGCCAGGUCAAUUGCUGAUUGUGGAAAGAGCUCUUUUAAAAAAAAAAAUCAGGAAAUACUCAAUGGGGGAAAAAUAUUCAUAAAUCACACAAGCUGUGCAAUCACUGUUCUGGCACAGAUGAACACUUAUCAUUUGGUGCAAAGUAAGGUACUACAGUUUAUCUAUUUUAAACCACAUGCAUUAUACUGAGCCAAGUUUGUAUUUUUUCCUUUAAUUCUGAUUGUAAAAAUGGCAGCUACUGAUUAUUGAUCUUUUUAUAAAUCUUCAGUAAGUGGCAGAAAUUUUUUUUUCAAAACAGAAGGCUUUAAUUUUCUUCCUGUACAAUGUCACUCUCAGCUUUUAAGAACUGGUGUGCAGAUGGUAGCUUCCAGGAUAUUGACUGACGAAAGUGUCCCCUGUCUGGCACCUUGUGCAAGAGCAGUAAACCAGUUAAAUGGUAGCUGUAGAGGAAAAUGAAAGCAUCUGAAAUGAUGGUCAAUACAGCAUUUCCAUGACAGAAUAUGUUCUUAAAUACUUGUAAACAUAUUUAUUUCAAAUUGAUUGCACUUUUGUUCAGAAGCAAUCUGCCAGGGAAUUCGCCUGAAAUGAGCAAAUUAAGACAGUUUAGGAAGUGUUGCAGAAAUUGGAUUUGUUUAUCCAUGGUUUCAAUUGUAUAUCAUCAUAAAGCCAUUUCCCUGUAGGAAUUAAUAUUAGUCUGUUCUCAAAGAGCUGCUACAAAUUAUUUUGUCAGCUACACAGAAUCAAGUAAAUUACAUAUCAAGCUUAAAAUGUGACAUUAGGUCAGUUGAAAGGGUAAAGAGAAUUGAGUACAUUGGACCAUGAUUUUGUGAGCCUAUUAAACAAUGAGGUUAUACCUUUUGAGUGGUUCAGUUAGUAAUUACAAUAGGUUAGUAAUUACAAUUCUAUUUUAUCCUAAUAGAUUAUGCUUAACCUAUGCUAAAUUGACUUUUUUACAUAAGUUGUGUAAUAAAUAAAUUGUGUUAAAUAAAGUUUGUUACCCAAGAA